AUGGCCGUGGACUUUGAUCGCCCGUUUCAAAAAGUCACCUCUCCACAGAAACUAGCCCAUGUCGUCUUACGCACGCCACGCUUCAGGGAGAUGGUAGAUUUCUACAAGACCUUUCUAGGCGCGGAAGCUACGCACGAAAACGACUUCAUCUCCUUCCUCACGUACGACGAUGAGCACCAUCGGAUCGCGAUUGGAGCCGUUCCAGGUACCUCGGACAAGAUCAAGACCUCGGCCGGCCUGGAGCAUAUCGCCUUCUCUUUUGCAACCCUCGAAGAGUUACUGCUGGCAUAUAGGCAGCGAAAGGCCAAAGGAAUUCUACCCAUAUGGAGUGUCAACCACGGUCCCACAACCAGCAUCUACUACCAGGAUCCAGACGGGAAUCAGAUCGAGACCCAGGUCGACAAUUUCGACACGAUGGAGGAUGCAAACGCGUUCAUGGCGUCUCCCGAGUUUGGCGAGAACCCAGUCGGGGUCGACUUCGAUCCAGAGGAUAUCAUCAAAAAAUUGCAAGCCGGUCAUGAUGGUCGGGAGUUGAAGAAGAGACCAAACAUCGGUCCUCGAGGGCUGGAUUCGAUACCUGUUCCCCCGCCACCUACGCCCAUCGAGGGGCAUUGA